CUCUUUGGUCCCUGAGUACCCUAAUUCCCAGGAGCCCAUUAAACUACUCUGACUGGGAAGCUGCGAAGGAGUUUGGGAUUACCUUCUGGUCCUACCAUGCAGCUCUUUACCUUCAGGCUCUGGGCUCUCCUCCUCCUGACUGACCUGACCCUGCUCUGGUUAUUGCAGAGGCUACUGGGAGCCCUAUUCCCUCUAGGUCUCCUUGGCCUCUGGCUGGAGGGGGUUUUCCGGAUGGGAGUUCUAUGGCGGGUUCUAAGUUUAUUGGGGGAGCUUGGGAAGAUCAGGGAACUACUGCCUAUCUUGUGUCUGAGCACCCCCCUUUUCCUGUCCCUGAGGACGCUGGUUCCAGGGGCCCUGAAUGCCCCACCUGUGCUCUUGGCCUCAGCCCCAUGGGCCUGGUUGCUGGUGGCUUAUGGAGGGGCAGGCCUGGGCUGGGCUGUGUGGAAGGUGCUGAGCCCCUCAGAAACCCCUCCCUCAGCACAGAAGGAGGAAGGCCAGGAGAAGAAAGCCAUGAUGUGGAGGCUGCUGAGACUGUCCUGGCCUGACUUCCCCUUCCUGGCUGCUGCUUUCUUCUUCUUGACUGCAGCGGUCAUAGGUGAGAUGUUCAUCCCCCACUAUACUGGUCGUGUGAUUGACAUCCUGGGCCAGGACUUUGACCCUGAUGCUUUUGUCACUGCCAUCUUCUUCAUGUGCCUCUUCUCCCUUGGAAG